AUGCCGCCCCGAGGCCCUGCGACUGAAGGCAGCGACGAAGCGACGCUCGUUCUGGGACCGGCGGUCAUUGCGAUUCUGCUCAAUGUCCUUCUCGGAGGCGUCACGCUUCUUCAGGCGACGCACUACUUCUGUGGGAAGUACGGAGACAAGUGGCCCGUUAUUCUUCUUGUAUGCUGGGUCACGCUUGUCGACAUAGCGGACACGAUAUGCGCGGGGAACCUCAUGUGGUACUACACGGUCGACACCUACGUGAACAACGCGUUAGCACUCCUCGCUCCCUGGCAGUACCACGCGACGGCGAUCAGCAGCAGCAUGAUCUCCGUUCCAGUCCAGCACUUCCUAGGCUGGCGAAUGUAUCAGUUCUCCCACUCCAAGAUCCUGUUCGGACUGGUGUCCGGGCUGUCGCUGGGUCAAGGCUUCCUGAUGAUCUUUGUCUCCGCGUCCUUCAUCGCGACGCCAUACCCUCACGAGGACGCCGCCAGGCUCAUGCCCAUGUUCAUCGUAAGCUACGCGCUGGCUCUGGCGAAUGAGCUGAUCAUAACGAGCAACUUGCUCUACCACUUCUACCAGCACCGGACGGGCAUGAAGAACACCGACCUCGUCAUGACCAAGCUAUCGUCGAUCGUAGUCGAGACGGCUGUUCCGGUGACGACGUGCUCGAUUCUGGCAGGCGUAUCCGUCAGCCUGAAUGCUCGCCGCAACAUCCGCACGCAACUCAUGUCGGAGAGCGACAGCUUCAACCGCUUCCAGUUCACGCAGAGUGCUCACUUCGAGUUUCGCCGUCCAGGAACCCCUGAGAGCCAGACCUCCACUAUCCACCACCACCAUGACCGCAGCGGAUCGGACCACUCCGACGCAACCGCCGUACCCUCGACUCCCCAGUCCGCCACCUUCCUCAUCCCGCACUCAAAUCGAUAUUGUAUCGGUCUUCUAAUUUAUCCCGUAGUCAUGUAUGAAGCCUAUUCGUCUGGUCGGUCGCUCACUCAACUUACUGUUAAUCCGACGCUCUCGCGCGUGAACUUCUCGCCGAUGUCGCGGUACACCCAUGUCGAGCAAGCGCUGCUCAGCCUGCGCACGGAGCUUCAUCGCGUGUUUCGUGAAGCGCGGGCAGGCGGGUUCCCGUCUAUAGCAAAAGCUCGAAGCAUCAUCAACCGAGGCAUAGCAUUCUCCGUCCUUCAAAAGGGUCCGCUGCAUGCGCCCAGUGAUCUGCCCUACACCGACGAAUACUACGGCGUGGUCAACUCCUCCUUGAACGCAUACAAGCUCUGGUCCGAGGUCUCCAUCCGUCUCCAGCUUCCCACCUUCGGGGACGAUUCUCCCAUCAGUCUGGAAAUGGUAUUUCGAUGGAUCGACUUCGUUCACCCGAUGUACAAUCGGCCUCCGCCUGUUCAAAACCGAACCAACCACGGUAGCUUCAUUUACCAGUGCAUCUCGAAGCUCCUGAUCUCCAUUAUUCGCUCCGACGAGGACCGUGUUCUCUCCGCUAUGCGUACGCAACCACGAUGGCUGUGCCUCGCCCUCGAUCUCUGGCUGAACUGCUCGAGAUACCUGCGCGAGCUGACACCGCAGGAUCCGGGCGAAACCUGCAUCACCCUCACCUGGAACACUGAUCGCAUAUGCGAAAGAUUCAGCGAAGCAGGAGGCGAAAUGUCCCAGAUUCUCAAUACCGAACUCCUAGGUCUGGUCGACAAUCAGCCUCGCGCCCUCCUGCGCAAGCUUGCCACGCUCACGGAGUACAUCGCCAGCCUCGAGCAUAUCCAGAACAGCGCGUGGCUGCUGGUUUGGAACCUGCAUUUUCAUCUGGCAGUGACAAUUACCAGAUUACCUGGCUUCUCCGGGUUGCUCGCCCCCCGCGCGUUAUUCCCCGCUAUAGACGCGGGCGCGCGUCAGUGCAUGGAGCAUCGGACCAGCGAUCUUAGGGUCGGCAUGGGCUACGCCCUCGACUUCCUCGCCAUCCUCUGCACGAGGGCAGACGACAACCGGAACCUCAUCCGCGCGAUCGAAGCCGACCUGCUUGAGCUUUUGAGCGAUGUGCGCGACGGAGAUGACAGGCCUGGUGCCAGCUACUACGCGUUGCUCAAUCAGAUCGAGGCGUGCCUCGUCCUUCCAUCUGUCCUGCGCAUGUUCCACGACGUAUACGGGGAGCUUUUGCAGGAUGAGGAGGACUGCUACAUCGACGAACUAUCUCCCGAUCUCGGGUUCGCGUACCGGAGGCACUGGGAAUACUAUCAGAAGUUCAGAACAGAGCGCAAUUGGAAGCGCACACUAUGCUGCCACAACACGACGUCGGCCCAGCACGAAUCGCUCGUGCGUGCGUGCCCUUGCGGAGAAGCCUUCUACUGCUCGACACGAUGCCAGCGCGAGCACUGGAAGGCAACUCAUCGCCGCGAGUGUCGCUGGAAAGAUGGAGUUUGGGGCCUCGAAAAUCGCAUCACACUCCAAGACGCCCUGUUUAUCAUCGAGACCGUGCAAGGGAUGCUAGUGGCGCAUCACGAAGAUUUCUUGCUUGAGCGAGCGCAGCUGCCAUCUAGGAAAGUCGAGGUCGAAGGGAAGACCGAGGGCGAAGAGAACGGUCGCCCUAAACAGCUCGUCUUCGUCAUAUACCUCACAGAGGCGCCCGAGGAGGGCGACUGGGACUUUGCGUACGCUGCGGAGGAGCGAGAUGCUCCGGGAGAUGUGCGUGAGGAUAUUGCGCUGGUGGAGGUGGAGUUCCGUCUGGGAGCAAUGAGCUCGGAGCCUAUCUCAGAAGAGGAAAUGCGCUUGGUCGCUGCCACCUUUGCGGAAGCGGGCCUUACAGAGCUUUCCGAUUUGCAGAUCGCUCUGGUGACGCUUAUUCAGGGCACGUCUGCAGGCGCUAUCAUGUCAAUAUCGAGCAUCUUCGCUGGCCUCUCUAGUGCCAAGCCCGAAGUAUUCUUGUCGUCGCUUCGGCCAAACCCGCGUGCUAUGGUGCUUCUCCUCGAUAUCUGGCUGCACCAUCCCUCAUAUAUGGGGGUAGCACGUGUUGGGCGCGUAGAGGUCGCGGGAGCGCUCUUCCUCGCCGUCAAGUCCGCUCUCGAGGGCUUCAUCGGCGGCGGUCAUGAGGACAUACGUGCGAUGUUUUUCACCGAGUUGCGCGUCUUAGUCGGUCGCCGACGCCACUUCCUCGCCAGCAUCGCAGACCAGACUCGAUUUCUCGUCGUCAUCGGCGCCAUCUCCUCGAAGUGGACGUGGAUCUGGACGAUGCAGCUUCUCGUCGCGCACUUGGUCACACAGUCUCCAGAAUUCUACGGCGUGCUGGUUCCCCGCAGCUUCUUUCGCAGCAUCAUCGGCUGCGUGCAGAGUCUGCUCAACGGUUGUACGACUCAGGACGAGGGCUUGCGCGGUGUCGUGGAGAAAGCAGGCGAGCUCAUGUUCGACUUGUUGGCGCGCACGCAGGACACCCGCAAUACCCGCCGCGCCAUUGAGGCGGGACUCUUCUCCUUCCUGCGCGCUUCCGACGCCGUGUUUGAAGCGCGCGUCAAGUCGGUCGAGGCGCUCAAGACCUACCUCGCAGACUGUGCCGUUCUUCCAAGCAUCCUGCGUACGCUUGCGAAGGUGAACAACGAGCUAGUGCAGGAGACUCCGCAGUCUGAGCUUAAUGGGCGAUUCGGGCGGCUGUUCUACAACGCCCGAUGGCAGUGGAAGUGGUAUGUGCGGCUGAAGGAGGACAAUCCCUGGAUACGGAACAUGCCGUGCGAGAAUUUGCUGAAGGAAGACCACCAGCAGCAGAAGCGGAUUUCGGACGGCGUCUGGGGACUCGAUGAUCCUAGCCAUCCCACAGAAAAAGGUCUCACGCGCGUCCUCCACAUCGACCUGAGGAGUGCGCCGGAGCCGGGUACGGACUUCACAUUCUCGGUCGACACGCAGCGCAUGCAGAACGAACCUGGAGGUCCCGGCUCGAAGGUCUACAUCGGUGUCAUUCUAUCUGUGGCUGGGAAGUACCCGCACUUGAUGCUUCCCAUGGGGUAUGAUAUGAAGUUCUUUCCUGUAAAUCGAUACGUUCCGAGUCCGGCUUCGAUGGAAAUUCACUAA